AUACCUCACACAGCAGAGAGCUGAACAACAGUUCAACAUCCAUCAUCAUUCUCAUCAUCUUCUUCGUCAUCAUUGUCUCCUUGACUGUAGUUCUGCAAUGUCCUCCUCCUCCCCUCUCCUCCUCUUCCUCCUCCUCUUCCUCCCUCAGUCUCUGGGCUGUCAGAUCAGCUCCUUCACUGAGUGUCAGAACGCUCAGUUUGUCCCCGGUCACAACCUGGCUGGCGAGGGUUUCGACGUGGUGCAGAUGAAGACCAGUGGAGCCAGCGUGGUCGACGUCACGAACUACAUGGUGGGAGGAGUCCAGGGGAACUGCACUGUGUGCUACAACCGCCUCCUGAACCAGACCCAGAAGCUCCCUGUGUCAGUGUUGGACUGGAGGAUCAAGGUGCACUGCAGACGUAGUCUGAGCAGUAAGAUCUUCGAGUCGAGUCAGUCAGUCAUGAGAGAGACGAGUAAGUCUCUGGGAGGCAGCUGGAAGGUGGGUCUUGGUCUUCCUGGACUUGGAGGGUUUGCAGUUGGAGGGUCCCACUCCUUCUCAACAAAGUUUGCAGAGAGUCGCAGCAGAAAAGACAAGUUCUCCUUCACCACCCACGAUUUCAAAUGCAAAUACUACACCUUUCGUCUUCACUCCCGCCCUGCUCUGAGUAAAGAGUUUGAAGACUCCCUGAAGAACCUCCCCUCCACCUACGACCACAAGAACACUUCAGCUUUCAAACAGUUCAUUGCCAUCUAUGGGACCCACUUUAUCCGAAGGGUCCAACUGGGAGGUCGAGUGAACUCCAUCACUGCCAUCCGGACCUGUGAGGCUUCUAUAAGCAAGCUGUCUACCCGCACCAUCAGCGACUGCCUUGGUGUCGAGGCCAGGGCUGUAAUCAAAGGCAUUUCUGUCAGUGCAGAAUCAAAGUUCUGCCACCAAAGGGGCAAGAGCCUGAAAACUGGAUCAACUUUCAGCCAGUCCUUCUCAGACCGGACCACCGAGAUUCUGGGAGGGGACGGAGAUGUAGGGGACAUCUUGUUCAGCCCAAAUAGUGUAUCAGGGUACAAGAAGUGGCUGGCUUCCCUGAGGAGGGUCCCAGGUGUGGUUUCCUACCAAAUCAGUCCCCUACACCUACUGGUGACGGAGAACCUUGUCCUCCAGACCAGCCUACGUGACGCCAUCAGCGACUACAUCCGCAAGAGUGCAAAGCCUCUCCGCUGCCCGUCCGGCUGCAAGAUUGGAAGCCGGAACCAGAACUGUGCUUGUCACUGCAAAGGACACCAAAUGGUCAACGCUGAUUGCUGCCCUGGCGGACCUGGUGUAGCCCGGAUGAAUGUGACAGUGGUCCGCGCUUCUGGUCUUUGGGGAGACUAUUUCACCAAGACGGAUGGAUAUGUGAAGGUUUUCUAUGGUAACCAAAAAGCAGUGACAUCUGUUAUCUGGAACAACGACUUCCCCACCUGGAACUACCUAAUUCAGCUCCAAACUGUCAACCUUCAACAAAGAACUGCAAUCCGCUUUGAGGUUUGGGACCGGGACAACCACUGGGACGACGACCUGCUAGGCAGAGUGAACUACAUCCCAACGUCGGGAAACAACGUUAGGACGUUCAAGCUGAAGCACGGCUCGUUGUAUGUCCGUGUGUCUGCGACUUGUGCUCCCAGCCUGCAGGGGUCGCUGUGCGAGCAGUAUGCUGCCACGCCGACUUAUGAGGACGUGAUGGGAUACACCAAGGAGGACCAGGGAGAUCACUGGGGGUCUGGGAGGCCGGAUCAUCCCAGCACCUUACUUUAAGAUUCCUUUAAUUCCUCCACAGCAGCUGUUUUACAAUAGAAAUAUGCUCUAGAUGUUUGAGGAGUAAAAAAGUUGUUUUAUUUUUUGUUAAUCUUCCAAUGCUUGUUGGCUUUUGAUAAUUCAUUCAGCUCACACCUACUGUACACCAAUAAAGCAUCUU